AUGCAGGGAGGGGCAUCCCCGGUGUGGGACUGUAGCAGUCCAGACCCUGGCUGGGCCUCCAUCAGCAGGGGGGUGCUGGUGUGUGACGAGUGCUGCAGUGUGCACCGGAGCCUGGGCCGCCACAUCUCCAUUGUCAAGCACCUCCGCCACAGCGCCUGGCCUCCUACGCUGCUGCAGAUGGUGCACACGCUCGCCAGCAACGGGGCCAACUCCAUCUGGGAGCAUUCCCUGCUGGACCCCGCGCAAGUACAGAGCGGCCGGCGCAAAGCCAACCCCCAAGACAAAGUCCACCCCAUCAAGUCAGAGUUCAUCAGGGCCAAGUACCAGAUGCUGGCAUUUGUGCACAAGCUUCCUUGCCGGGAAGAUGACGGGGUCACUGCCAAAGACCUAAGCAAGCAACUGCACUCAAGCGUGCGGACGGGCAACUUGGAGACAUGUCUGCGCCUGCUGUCCCUGGGUGCCCAGGCCAACUUCUUCCAUCCAGAGAAGGGCACCACACCUCUGCAUGUGGCUGCCAAGGCGGGGCAGACACUGCAGGCUGAGCUUCUUGUAGUGUAUGGGGCUGAUCCUGGCUCCCCUGAUGUUAAUGGCCGAACACCCAUUGACUAUGCCAGGCAGGCGGGGCACCAUGAGCUGGCGGAAAGGCUAGUCGAAUGCCAGUAUGAGCUCACUGACCGGCUGGCCUUCUAUCUCUGUGGACGCAAGCCGGAUCACAAGAAUGGGCAUUACAUCAUCCCACAGAUGGCUGACAGAUCUCGGCAAAAGUGCAUGUCUCAGAGCCUAGACCUGUCCGAGCUGGCCAAAGCUGCCAAGAAGAAGCUGCAGGCGCUCAGCAACCGGCUUUUUGAGGAACUUGCCAUGGAUGUGUACGAUGAGGUAGACAGAAGAGAAAAUGACGCUGUGUGGCUGGCUACCCAGAACCACAGCACCCUGGUGACGGAGCGCAGCGCUGUGCCCUUCCUGCCUGUGAACCCCGAGUACUCGGCCACGCGGAAUCAGGGGCGACAGAAGCUGGCCCGCUUCAAUGCCCGAGAGUUUGCCACCUUGAUCAUUGACAUUCUCAGCGAGGCCAAGCGGAGACAGCAGGGCAAGAGCCUGAGCAGCCCCACAGACAACCUUGAGCUAUCUGCGCGGAGCCAGAGUGACCUCGACGACCAGCACGAUUACGACAGUGUGGCCUCAGACGAGGACACGGACCAGGAGCCCCUGCGCAGCGCCGGUGCCACUAGGAACAACCGUGCCCGGAGCAUGGACUCCUCAGACCUGUCCGAUGGGGCCGUGACGCUGCAGGAAUAUCUGGAGCUGAAGAAGGCUCUGGCUACCUCCGAGGCAAAGGUGCAACAGCUCAUGAAGGUCAACAGCAGCUUGAGUGAUGAGCUCCGGAGGCUGCAGAGGGAGAUCCACAAGCUGCAGGCAGAGAACUUGCAGAUCCGGCAGCCACCCGGGCCAGUGCCCACACCCCCACUGCCCAGCGAGCGGGCAGAACACACACCCAUGGGGCCUGGCGGGAGUGCCCAUCGCAGGGACCGCCAGGCCUUCUCCAUGUAUGAACCAGGCUCUGCCCUGAAGCCCUUUGGGGCCCCGCCUGGGGAUGAGCUCUCUACCCGGCUACAGCCUUUCCACAGCACUGAGCUGGAGGAUGAUGCCAUCUAUUCAGUGCAUGUCCCUGCUGGCCUUUACCGGAUCCGGAAGGGGGUGUCAGCCUCAGCCGUGCCCUUCACUCCCUCCUCCCCACUACUGUCCUGCUCCCAGGAAGGAAGCCGCCAUACGAGCAAGCUUUCCCGCCACGGCAGUGGUGCUGACAGUGACUAUGAGAACACGCAAAGCGGGGACCCACUGCUUGGGCUGGAGGGGAAGAGGUUUCUUGAGCUGGGCAAGGAAGAAGACUUCCACCCAGAGUUGGAAAGCCUGGAUGGAGACCUUGACCCUGGGCUUCCCAGCACAGAGGAUGUCAUCCUGAAGACGGAACAGGUCACCAAGAACAUCCAGGAAUUGUUGCGGGCUGCCCAAGAAUUCAAGCAUGACAGCUUUGUGCCCUGCUCGGAGAAGAUCCAUUUGGCUGUGACGGAGAUGGCCUCUCUCUUCCCAAAGAGGCCAGCCCUGGAGCCUGUGCGCAGCUCACUGCGGCUGCUCAAUGCCAGCGCCUACCGGCUGCAGAGUGAGUGCCGGAAGACCGUGCCCCCGGAGCCUGGCGCCCCUGUGGACUUCCAGCUGCUGACUCAGCAGGUGAUCCAGUGCGCCUAUGACAUCGCCAAGGCUGCCAAGCAGCUGGUCACCAUCACCACCCGAGAAAAGAAGCAGUGA